AUGGAGCCAGAUGUUGUCAGCAUUACCCAGUUAGUUUCCGAUUUUGAUACAUAUAUAAGUCUGUCAAUAAAGACUCCGGACUACGCGAGCGCCUCCGACGCAAAAGACAUCGCGCCAGAUCUUGCCCGCCGUCUAGCGGCCAACCCCUCAAACCGAGGCAUUCUCCAAUGCCUUGGCUAUCGAGGAAGCGGCGGCUUGGAGCUGGUUUUUGAAGUUCCGGAUGAAUUUACCCAACCCCAAACGCUGAAAGACCUCAUUGCUGGCGAUGGUUUGCAGCCGGAGGCACGCUACGAGAUGAAGCAUGACAUCUAUAGUCUCGGUGUUUGCCUUCUCGAGAUUGGCCUCUGGGAGCCCUUUAUCGUCCAAAAGGAUAGCGAUCCGUUUAUGUGUGACGAGUAUUGCCGCAUGGCUGUCGCGUCCAAUAUUGUGGAGCAAGAACACUCCGAUCAGAUAGCCAAGCUGACAUUGCCCAAGGCGUUGCAAGAAGUUAUGAUUACUUUAGCAAAGGAUGCGCUGCCUCAGAGAAUGGGACUUGCUUUCACUGAUCUGGUCCCCCCCCAUGUCUUACAUGUCUGGAAGGUGUAUCUGGGGAUCCAAAUGAUGAAACGGAUGUCGGUGUGA